CCACUCUACCAGUCCCAUCACAACUACCCACUCCACCAGUCCCAUUACAACUACCCACUCCACCAGUCCCAUUACACCUACCAACUCCACCAGUCCCAUUACACCUACCCACUCCACCAGUCCCAUUACACCUACCAACUCCACCAGUCCUAUUACAACUACCCACUCUACCAGUCCCAUCACAACUACCCACUCCACCAGUCCCAUCACACCUACCAACUCCACCAGUCCUAUUACAACUACCCACUCCACCAGUCCCAUUACACCUACCAACUCCACCAGUCCUAUUACAACUACCCACUCUACCAGUCCCAUCACAACUACCCACUCCACCAGUCCCAUUACAACUACCCACUCCACCAGUCCCAUUACACCUACCAACUCCACCAGUCCCAUUACACCUACCCACUCUACCAGUCCCAUUACAACUACCCACUCUACCAGUCCCAUCACAACUACCCACUCUACCAGUCCCAUCACAACUACCCACUCCACCAGUCCCAUUACAACUACCCACUCCACCAGUCCCAUUACACCUACCAACUCCACCAGUCCCACUACACCUACCCACUCCACCAGUCCCAUUACACCUACCAACUCCACCAGUCCCAUUACACCUACCAACUCUACCAGUCCCAUUACAACUACCCACACCACUAGUCCCAUUACAACUACCCACUCCACCAGUCCUAUUACAACUACCCACUCUACCAGUCCCAUUACACCUACCCACUCCACCAGUCCUAUUACACCUACCCACUCUACCAGUCCCAUUACACCUACCAACUCCACCAGUCCUAUUACACCUACCAACUCCACCAGUCCCAUUACACCUACCAACUCUACCAGUCCCAUUACACCUACCCACUCCACCAGUCCCAUCACACCUACCCACUCCACCAGUCCCAUUUCACCUACCAACUUCCCUAUCCAAAUUUCCCCUACUCUCUAUGUCCACUUUACCCAUCACCAUGUUUCACUCCAUUAUCUCAACUAA